ACUAUUUUGCAGCGCAGAGAGGAACGAGAGACGUCGCGCUGCCGCGCUCUGCGAAACGAGGUGGAGGCAGCAGAACAGAAGUGCUACGUCCUGGCUGUCGAUCAUACGCGAUUUACAGGCAGUAAUGAAGUGACAGACACAGACAGAAGGAACAGACAGACAAAAACUUAAUGUCAAACAAAUGGUGUCUAAAUAGAAUAUGGCGCCGUCGGGCUCGCGUAGUAUCAAACGGAGCUGUCAGACAGUUUUGUAUUGGAUUCCAGUUAUUUUUAUCACCCUCAUAGUGGCUUGGUCUUACUACGCGUAUGUUGUACAGCUCUGCAUAGAAUCGAUCGACAACAUUGGACAGAAGAUUGUUUAUCUGCUGGCCUAUCAUGUUGUCUUCAUCUUGUUUACCUGGACCUACUGGCAGACCAUCUUCACCAAGCCCAUGAACCCCCUGAAAGAGUUCCACCUGUCCUACUCAGACAAGGAGCUGUUGGAGCGUGAGGACCGUGGAGAGUCUCAGCAGGAGAUUCUUAGAAGGAUAGCCAAGGAUUUACCCAUCUACACCCGCACCAUGUCUGGAGCUAUUCGUUUCUGUGAUCGCUGCCAGCUGGUCAAGCCUGAUCGAUGUCACCAUUGUUCAGUCUGUGAUAAAUGCAUCCUAAAGAUGGAUCACCAUUGCCCCUGGGUGAAUAACUGUGUGGGCUUCUCCAACUAUAAGUUUUUCAUGCUGUUCCUGGCAUACUCCUUAUUAUAUUGCAUUUUCAUCACUGCUACAGAUCUACAGUACUUCAUUAAAUUCUGGACCGCUGAAGGUAGAACACACGACCGUCUGUUAGAAUACCUGAAUGGUCUGCCUGACACCCAGGCUAAGUUCCACAUCAUGUUCCUGUUCUUCGCUGCUUCCAUGUUCUCUGUCAGUCUGGCCUCACUGUUCGUCUACCACUGCUGGCUGGUCUGCAAGAACAGAUCCACUCUGGAGGCUGUCCGCGCGCCAGCUUUCCGUCAUGGGGCAGAUAAGAAUGGCUUCAGUCUGGGCCUCAGUAAGAACUUCCGCCAGGUCUUCGGUGAUGAAAUGAGAUACUGGCCAUUUCCUGUGUACUCCAGUCUGGGUGAUGGGUGCUCCUUCCCAACCUGUCUGGUGAACCAGGAUCCUGAGCAGCCCUCGUCUCCUGGACACAACCCCCCUCCCAACAAGACUGUUGUUGGAGAGAGCCACCAGUUCCCAGCCAAACCACUGAGGGAGUCCCAAAGUCGACUACUGAACAGCGCCCCCUCCUGGACAGAGAAUGGGGGAGCAGAGGACAAAGCGAGACGGGGCACAAGUAACCCAGCAAUGGCCAUAGAGAAUGAAACAUAACCACGGUGAGGAAUGAAGACUUGUAAGUGGAAUCAUAGGUCUAUGGUGAUCCCAGUGUUCAGCGUGCCUAUGAGAAUGUGCAGUUGUGAUAUCACCAUAACCAGUCAUCUUUCUUACCAUAACACACUGCUGUAGUUAAUUGCUGCUUAGAAGGGCUUAGUUUACUGUUGUUUUUGCUCUCACCAGUAUCAUUGGAAACAGAUGAUGUAACAUUUGAAUCCAACGAAGCAUUGUUAUUGUUGUUUCUAAAGAAAUCAUUUGACAUGGUGGAAACUGGUUUCCUGGAGGCUGAAUAUUGAGUAUGAGAUCAAGUUGUGGCCUCGGAAGAUUGAGGUUGCAUUCCAAUUACUUGCCGUGUUUUUUCAAGUUUGGAUCUGAAAAGCAUAAGAAUAGAAUGAGAAGAGUUUUAUUUUCACUUUGUAUAACAGGUGGUUGGUCUAAGAAGCUACAUGUGUAUGUGUUCAGUACAUCUAUAUUAUUUUAGUAAAGGAUCCUUGAAGUAUUGUUGUAUGAUUUGAUUAUCUUGGACUUCGUCUUCAAAUUCGUCUAUUUUUACUUGUGUAAUGUCUAAACUAGAAUGACUAACUUGUAUUUGUGAUUAUUGACAGAAACAGUAUAAAUAUUCCAUUUUAAUGUAAUUUUAGAAUUUGCCAAUACUUAAUCCUAAACCAACACGCAAAGAUGUAUGAUAGUGAAUGUUGAUUCUAUGAUUGUAUAGACAUAUUAAGAGUAAAAGAUGCUUUGUGUGUGUGAUUAUUGGAUGAGAUAUGCAGUGUUAGGCUUUUUAUGGCACUGAACAUGAAAGAAGUAUUGAAGAGAUUAACAACCUGUUGUGAUUUUUAAAAAAUCCUUCAAUUAACUGAUGCAUGCUUCAUACUCAGGAUGCUAACUAAACAUAAGAACGUAAAUAGUUUCAUGUAUUAUACCAGUUUCUCUCUCUUAGAAACGCGGUAAAAUCACUGUUGCAUAAUAAUCAUUUGAAUAAGGGCUAUAUUGAUAUUCUUUGAUUUGAAAGGAUUCCUGUGUUCCUCUGGCAUUGGUGAAGAUACCAUUGGCUCUUAGACAUCACCAAUCAGUCUUAUUUUUUAUGUCAGUGUGCUUGCCAUGUCAAGUGUUCCUGUAGUGCUAUUUAUUGUCAAACUGCCAGCCAAAGAUCCUGUUUUUCUCCAGAGGCCUGACACACUGGCCUAUGGUCUUCAAAUCCAAGCCUCGGUUUCAGAAUGUUUGCUGCAUUCUCAAUUCAACUCCAUUCAAAUAUGGAAGUGCUGCAGAAAUAAUACAGUGAUUGCUCCAGCUGUUUCAUUCCUUGUGAGGGUUCUGUUCUGAUUGUACUCCUUUGGUCCUUUUAAAUUACAUUUUCUGUUUGGAAAUGAGUCAUCAGCAUCAUUUUGCAUCAGUUUUCAUUUUGGUAAAUGGCUCAAAUGUAUGCAAAACCUUGUCAAUCUAUAUUUUUUUAAUACUCUGUGCAUGAAUGGAGAAAAAUAACUUUAUGAACAUGUGAGGCUAUGUACUGUACUGUGAUGCCUUAUCAGAUAAAUACAAUGAUGCCAUGUUCAGCCUGUU